AUGAGGCUGAAUGUGAACAGUGGCGUCCUGCGGUGGCGGCCCUCAUGCCCCCUGCCCCCACCCACAUUGGGUGCCUGGCCACCUGCCUGCCACAAGGAGCAGGUCUCCUCCGCCUGGGCCUGGAACAGCAGUGCAUCCUCCAUUUGCUUCCGCAGAUGCUCCAGGGACUUCUCCAACUUGCCCUACAGGGAGCUAACUGCAACGAGCCACAGGAUGGGCACAUCUGUAUCCGGCUCCUUGGUCCUGAUUUCAGGCCUAUGCCUAACAUUUACUUCAACCCAUACUUCAACCCUGUUUACGACACACUUGGCACCUGGGAAAGCCAGGAGGCCCGAGAUGCAGGAGGAUCUGAAGGACCAUCACAAGAGUGACAGCAGCGCUGGCCGCGCACAGCAGGCGCAGCUCGUCGCCGCAGAAGGCGGCCAGUGGCUCGCGGUGCGCGGCGCACACGCCCUGUGGGACGGGCGACGGAGGGUGCAGGCGCCGCGCCAUCUCGGCCAUCUUGGCGAGCGGUCGGUUGGGUCGCAGGUUCCUCUGCGGGGACAGCUCGCGGCACUCGGGGCACGCGUACGGGCCCUCGGGCUGGCCCCAGCAGCGCCGGAUGCACUCGCGGCAGAAGUUGUGGCCGCAGUCGGUCAUCACCGGAUCCGUAAAGUAGUCGAGGCAGAUGGCGCAGGUGGCCUCCUCUUGGAGGUUGGUGGACAGGUCCGGGGCGGCCAUGGCACCGGUGGAACGGAGGAGGGCAGUGUGGUCCGCCGGGUCGGGCGGUGGCCGGCCGCUGCCGGGACUAUGGGGAGCGCGCAAGGACGCGGGGUCUCCGGGGACGCGAGGUGCAGGGCACCAGGGGACUCGGGAGCUUCGGAGCGCAAGGGCUCCGGGGUCCAAGGCUGCGCGACUCCUGGGAUGCGGAAUAUACGGCUCCGGGACUGCAGAGGCUCCGGGAACGUAGGGCCUAGGAAUACCGUACGCAGGGAGGAAGAGGAGUCGAAGCGGGGACGGAAGCAGGAAGCAGCUGGGGUUUUUUUGUUUUUUCCUUUGGAGCAACCCACUUUAGCUCCGGAUUGGCCGUGGCCUGUCACGCGGCCCGCGGGCCGGACAGAAUUGGAGGUUGCUCACCCGCUGACCUUGCGUCGCCGCCGCCGCCUGCGCUGCUGCCUCUGGGCUGUUGCGGUGUUGCACGGUGUGGCCUCUCCGUCGGGCCUGGGGAAAGGACCCAAAUAUGGAAUUUGUGGAGGACAAAGAAGGUAGAUAUUUGAGGACUUGGCUCUACAUAUAAAAACCUGAACCACGGAGGAGCCAAUGAAUGGCAGCAUCUCAAGUGGAGAGUGAGGGACAUGGCUAAAGACCACUGCACCACACUGUGCCUGGUACAUAUGUUUUUAGAAACUGACCCACUAUGGAAGUUUUCUUUUCUAUGAAGCAUCUGUAAAUAUAGCCUCUUAAUGUUUAACUGCUUUAA